AAUAAAGGGACAAAUUUUAUUAUCAAAAUUGAAAACCAAUGAAUAGCAUGAGAUGGCUAAACAAAGCCGCAAUCAAGACACCGGAGGACCAAAUCAACCCUGAUGGUUCCGCCGCCAAUCCAUGGAAACUCUGCAGCAUUCAGAAAGUGGAAGAAGUUAAAUGCUUGAUCAGGAUAGUCCCAAUCUGGGUCGCCGCCAUGAUCUACUAUCUUUCCAUAAUCCAACAGCAAACCUAUGUUGUCUUCCAAGCUACCCAAUCCAACCGCCACCUCGGCACCACCACCUUCACCAUCCCACCCGCAUCGUACACCAUCUUCACCAUGAUUGGCCUCACCAUCUGGAUCCCCAUCUAUGAUCGAAUUAUCGUCCCCUGGCUCCAUCACCUCACCGGCAAAGAAGGUGGCAUCACUAUUCUCCAGAAAAUGGGAGUCGGAAUGGUUCUGGGUGUCGUCACCAUGGUCAUCUCCGCCGUCGUGGAGCAGAGGAGGAGAGUCUCUGCUCUUCAAAACCCAAUUGGAAUUGACCCGAAUAGAGGAGCAAUUUCUUCUUUGUCAGCGAUGUGGUUAGUUCCUCAGCUAACAUUAAUCGGAAUCUCUGAGGCAUUUACCAUGGUUGCCCAGAUUGAAUUUUACUACAAGCAGUUUCCGGAGAACAUGAGGAGCAUUGCUGGGGCUUUCACCUUCGUCGGAAUAGCUCUGUCAAGUUACCUGAGUGGCUUCUUGAUUUCGGUGGUUCACAGGGCCACUAGGGGGGCAGCGACCGGAGAUUGGCUGCCGGAGGAUCUUAAUAAGGGAAGGUUGGACUAUUAUUACUACUUGCUUGCUGGAAUAGAAGCCUUAACUUUGGUGUAUUUCAUAAUGUGCGCAAUGUGGUACAAGUACAAGGAAAGUGGAAGCAGCACUACCGAAGUUGGGUUGCAAAAAAUGCAAUCGGACAAGCCUAUGGUUUAGAGCAGUGAAUUCGAUAUUCGAUAUUGCGUUGGGUACAAAAGUUAGGCGCAAUUUGGACACAAAAUAAAUUAGUAAAGGGAGG